AUGCUAAUAUUUUUAUUUUUAUGUUCUUCUUUGAAAAUAAAUAUUGUAAAAAAGCUAUUUAAUUGUUAAAUCAUAGAUAUAUAAUAAUAUAUUUUUCCUCAUAUUUUAAAGAAUGAAGAUCCAUUAAAAUAUAAUUAAACUUGCAUAUAUAAGUUUAAUGUUAUUGAAACAGCAUGUUAAGGAAAAAAGGUAUUUUAUGAAAAAUAUGUGAAUGGGUUAGAGUAUUUAAUGGAAGAUAAUAGAAAAUUCAAAAAAAAAUUAAAAUAAAAGAAACUUUUUCUAAAAGUGAAAAUAAUGAAAAAAAAAUAAUUGAACCAAAGUAAGAGAAAUAAUUUCUAUAAAAAAGCACUGAAAAACAAUAAAAAAUUUAAAUACUAUUAUUUUAAACUCAUAAUUAUAAGUUUUUCUCACUUCUAAUAAUUUUCUUAGUCAUAAUAAUAAAAUUAAGAAAAUUCGAGAAAAAUAAAUAAAUAGAGUUAAAAUAAAAUUUUAUGUAAUUUAAUAAACACAAAUUCAAUUUAAAUAUAAAAAUAAACACAUCCAAAUCUUAUUAUAAUCAUUUUACUAUGA